AUGGACAAUGAGAAGAUGGAGGGUGAAAAAUGUGACUUUUACCUGGACAUAAAUCCUUUAUGGAUGGCCCCUAUUCCAAUUGAAAAUAAUGAUGAACGCCAACAACCACCAUAUAAUUAUCCAUGUCCACCUCGAUACACGUCUGUGUCAGACGACAUAUUCGGCAAACCACCAUCGUAUGAGCAAACUGUGCAGCAACUAUCGGAGACUCAUAAUAAUAAUGAGAAUUCAAUGGAAAAUCCUCCUGUAACUUUUCCAGUUACAACAACGAUAACAUCAUCGAAUCGAUCAACAGAAUCGACGAGAAAUCAAUAUUAA